AUGGGUGAUCUGGGAUCAAAAGGAUUUAAAAGUAGACCCCUAGUUUUAACCAUUGAAAACCCACUAUUAACGCAAAUAGACUAUAUCAAUAAUUUUAAAGGUCAUCAGGCAAAACAGCAAGGUGGAAGCACGGAAAAGAAAGCAAAGAAUGACAAACAGUGGUGUCUGGUCUUUUUGGAAAAAAAUAUUGAAAAGAAUAAAACGCAGCUCAUUGGAUUGAAAAGUAAAACAAAAUACACAUUUCGAGUAAGGGUUAUUCAUGAAGGUGAUGAAUGGCCAUAUAGUAAGCAGAGCGAAGUUAUUGAAACUAAAGAAUCAAUGGCCGCAACGCUGGUGGGACAGUCACGGCUGGCAAAACGUGGAACCCCUUCUGUGUACUCUUUGCCAGCAAAAGAAGAUACGAAUGCAAGAAACAGCGAAAAGAAAACAAAGAAGUAUGAGUUAGGUACAAAAGAUAAAGGAUAUAAUCGACGUGAGAAGACAAUCAUGCUUGUAGGGGCUACUGGUACAGGAAAGACAACCCUAGUAGACGGAAUCGUUAACUACGUUCUUGGUGUUAAUCUGGGUGAUCCAUUUCGGUUUACAAUUGUGGAACUAGAGAAAAGUGAAAGAAAUAAGCUGACAAACCAGGCCGAAUCCCAAACGGAGUGGAUCACAUGUUACACGAUAUAUUCCUCCAAAAAUGGCGGACGUUUAGACUUCACACUGACGAUUGUAGAUACGCCAGGAUUUGGAGAUACUCGUGGGAUAGGAUACGACAAGAAAAUAGUUUAUCAAAUCAAACACCUUUUUUCUGAACAAGGUCCCAGGGGUAUUCUGUCACUUGAUGCAAUUUGUUUUUUGAACAAAGCACCUGACGCCCGUCUUACUACUCAACAAAAAUAUGUUUUUCAACAAAUUCUGUCCAUGUUUGGAAAAGACGUGGAAGAAAAUAUCUGUUCACUUAUCACGUUUGCCGACGGUCAAGAACCGCCGGUUUUUCAUUGUUUGAGAGAAUCUAAACUGCCUAUAAAUAAAGAUUUCUGUUUUAACAAUUCGGCUUUGUUUGCUUCAAACGGUACGGAAAGCUCAUCAGGUUUUUCGACAAUGUUUUGGAAUAUGGGUCAUGAAAGUUUCAAAAAAUUCUUUUCUCACAUACAAAAUCUCAAACCAAAAAGUUUAGAGAUGACUAGGAAUGUUCUCCAUGAACGCGAAACUCUAGAAAAUACCAUAGAGAACAUACAGCAGCAGGUGAGUAGUGGCCUUUUUACUAUUUCCAGUCUACGCGAGGAAAUCCGUAUUUUCAGGCAGCACAAAACAGACGCAGAAGAAGCUAUUGGAAUGCUGAAAGAAGACAUGAAGAAUAUGAUGUUGGCCGUGCAAGAAAGAAUGGCAGUUGUCAAACGUUGCAAUGAGCGCUUGAAAGAAAUGGCACUUCGCCCAAAUCCACUAAGUAUGGUUGAAUAUAUCGAUAUUAUGAUAGAAGCUGAAGAGUUUGAACCAAGUAAUGGGUAUAGGGAGCGAAUUACAGAACUGAAAUUCUAUAGAGAAAGAGCUACUACAGACAAAAAAGCAGAACAAUUUCUGGCUAUCAGACUAGAUGAAGAGCUUAAUAUGGAUUAG